AUGCGCCGCGUAUCACGAAAACUGCACCAACUUUUGGGACCAAAACCCCACGAAACCUCAUUUCAUUACACCGACCUACUACAUCAUUGCAAAACCACUGACUGCAUUAAAAAAACACACGCCCAAAUCGUUAUUGGAGGCCACGAACAAGACCCAUUUAUCGCUGCUAAACUAAUUGAUAAAUAUUCACACCUUGGCGGGUCCAAUGUUGAACAGGCACGCAAAGUGUUCGACAAUUUGUCCCAAAGAGAUGUUUUCUGUUGGAACGUUGUCAUCAAGGGUUACGCUAAUAUGGGUCCUUUCGUGGAAGCCUUAAACGUUUAUGAUGACAUGCUUUUGUGUGGUGCUACUCCGAACCGCUACACUUACCCUUUUGUGCUGAAGGCUUGUAGUGCCGAGAGGGCUUAUAUAAAGGGGCGAAUUGUUCAUGGGCAUGCUGUGAAGUGUGGAUUGGACUUUGAUUUGUUCGUUGGUAAUGCCCUUAUUGCGUUUUAUGCAAAGUGUCAGGAGAUUGAAGCGGCAAGAAAAGUGUUUGACGAAAUGCCUAACAGAGAUGUUGUUAGUUGGAAUUCCAUUAUGUCGGGAUAUAUCACAAAUGGGUAUGUGGAUGAUGCUGUAAUGCUAUUCUAUGAUAUGUUGAGAGAUGAUGAUAUUGGUUUUCCUGAUAAUGCCACCCUUGUAACUGUUCUUCCUGCAUUUGCCGAGAAAGCAGAUAUUCAUGCAGGAUAUUGGGUUCAUUGUUAUAUUGUUAAGACAGGGAUGAAACUUGAUCCUGCUGUUGGUUGUGGUCUUAUAACAUUAUACUCAAAUUGUGGCUAUAUAACCAUAGCAAGAGCUGUUUUUGACAAGAUACCGGAUAGAAAUGUCAUUGUUUGGAAUGCAAUUAUUAGGUGCUAUGGGAUGCAUGGUUUUGCGCAGGAGGCGCUCAGUAUGUUCCAUCAACUAGUUGAUUCUGGCUUGCAUCCGGACGACAUUGUGUUUUUGUGUUUGUUAUCGGCUUGCAGUCAUGCAGGCAUGCAUGAACAGGGCUGGCACCUUUUCCAGACCAUGGAAACUUAUGGUGUUGUGAAAAGAGAGGCUCAUUAUGCUUGCAUCGUGGAUCUAUUGGGAAGAGCCGGUGAUCUGGAAAAAGCAGUGGAGUUUAUUCAAUCUAUGCCUAUCAAACCAGGAAAAAAUGUUUAUGGUGCCUUGUUGGGUGCUUGUAGAAUACACAAGAAUUUGGAACUUGCUGAAUUGGCUGCAGAGAAGUUGUUUGUUUUAGACCCUAACAAUGCUGGGCGUUAUGUGAUUCUAGCACAGAUGUACGAAGAUGAAGGUCGGUGGCAGGAUGCAGCCAGAUUGAGGAAAGUAAUCAGGGAGAAAGAAAUCAAGAAGCCAAUUGGUUAUAGCUCGGUAGAGCUGGAAUCCGGUCAUAACAAAUUUGGGGUAAAUGAUGAGGCUCAUCCAUUAACAACACAGAUUUUUGAGACCUUGGUAAGCUUAGAUAGGAUAAUGGGUAAAGAAGCCCGCACUCUAUCUGAUGCCAUUUUGUAG